AUGGUGGAGAAAAUCCUUGAAGUUAAUCCAGUUGCCAUUAACGCCAAGAACGAAGAAAAAAAGAAUGUAACAUUGUUAGCAGUGGAGAAUAGACAACCUGAGGUGUAUGAGCUCUUAGUUAAGAGAAAGUUUCGGAAAGAUAGUGUGUUCCGAGCAGUAGACAACAAAGGGAACAGCGCAUUGCAUCUGGCUGCAAUGUUAAGUAAUUAUCAACCUUGGCAUAUUCCUGGAGCUGCAUUGGAAAUGCAAUGGGAAAUGAAGUGGUAUAAGUAUGUCAAGAAUUCCAUGCCGCCGCAUUUCUUCAGUCAUCACAAUGAAAGUGAAUUCACUGCAAAGGAGAUCUUCACGGAAGCCCAUUCUGAUCUUGUGAAGAGAGGAGGCAAAUGGCUGAACAGCACUUCCACUUCCUGCUCCCUUGUUUCAACCCUCAUUGCAACCGUUGCUUUCGCCACAUCUGCCACUUUUCUGGCGAUUCUCACCUCUAGGCACCAAGAGGAUGAUUUUCAUGAGGACUUGCCUCGAAAGCUUUUACUUGGUUUAACUGCUCUAUUCCUAUCAAUUGCAGCUAUGUUGGUCUCUUUUUGUGCAGGACACUUCUUUGUCCUCACAGAUGAACUCAAACGUGCUGCCCUUCCCGUAUAUGCAGUUAUCUGCCUUCCAAUAUCAUUUUUUGCUAAGGUCCAGUUUCCCUUAUACUUUGAUAUUUUGCGGGCUAGUUUUAGGAAGGUACCACAACGAAGUUAUAAGGUGGCUCUCUAG